AUGCAGGCGGCGGGGUCGCUUGGGGUGGAGGGGGAUGGGGAUGAUGGGGAAGGGGAAGAAGGGGUGGAUGGGGAUGGGGUGGAGGGGGAAGGCGCGGAGGGGGAAGGGGUGGAAGGAGAGGAAGGGGAAGGGGAGGAAGGGGAAGGGUCGGAGGGCGAAGGGGAAGAGGGUGGGGGGGACGGUGAGGAGGAGGGAGGGGAUGGGAAGGGGGAGAUAGGUGGCGAGGAGGAUGGGGAGGGGGAUGAAGUGGGGGGAGGGAUGGGGGGGAGGAUGGGAGGAGGGGCGGAAGGGGGUUCUGCGAUUGGUGGUGAGAGGGGUGAGGGGGUUGAGGGGGGGGAGGGGGGGGAGGGGGGUAGGUUAGGCGCAGAAGGGGCAGGAGCACUGGGGGAGGCGGAUGGGCCUAGAGUGGUGCCAGGCGGUGGGGGGGACGCGGGGAGGGUGGGGGGAGAAGGGGGGAAAUCGGAAGGGGAAGAGGGGGAAUCGGAUGGGGAAAGGGAGGGGGAAGGGGAAGACGAUGGUGGGGGUUGGGGGAUUUCGGGGGCUUCUGGGGAGAGUGCAUUUGGGGGAGAAGAGGGGGAGGAUGGAGAAGUGGUAGAAGGGGGUGCAGACGGGGAAGAGGGGGAAGAAGGGGAAGAGGGGGACGAGGGAGAAGAGGGAGAAGAGGGAGAAGAGGGGGAGGAGGGAGAAGAGGGAGAAGAGGGGGAGGAGGGAGAAGAGGGAGAAGAGGGGGAGGAGGGAGAAGGGAGAGAAGAUGGGGGAGAGGAGGAAGACGGGGCAGAGGGCGAGGAGGGAGUAGGGUUUGUUGUGCCAGGGGAAGGCGGUGCGGACGAGGGGGGAGAAGCAGGAGAUGGGGAGACCGGAGGAGAGGGGGAGGCUCCAGGAGGGAAGAAGGGGGAGGAGGGGGAGGGGGGAGAGGAGGGCAGAGGAGAGAGGGAGGGUGGAGGAGCAAUGGAGGGGUUAGAAGCGCCGGGAGGGGAAGGGGGCGCUGGGGCUAGAGGUGGGGCAAGGGAAGGCGGAGGGGCCCUGGGGGACGGAUUGACCCCUGGGGGUGAAGUUUCUCCCGAGGGGGGAGCGGUUGAGAUUCCGCCAGGGGGGGGAGGGGGUGACACUCCGCCAGGGGGGGCAGGGGAAGAUAUUCCGCCAGGGGGGGGAGGGGGAGGUGGGGAAGAGGCGGCGCUGCUGCCGGGGCGAGGAGGGGAUGAUGGUGGGGAGCCCGGACUGUUGGUAACGGGGGAAGGGGGAGAGUUGGUAGGUGGAGGAGGGGGAGGGGUGGUGGUGGAAUUCGGGAAGGAAGGAGCAUUGGAGGAUGGUGGGGGGCGCGGACUGUUAGUAAUGGGAGAGGGGGGAGAGUUGGCAGAUGGGGGGGGAGGUGUGGUGGUGGUGUUGGGGAAGGAAGGAGCAUUGGAGGAUGGUGGGGGGCGCGGACUGUUGGUAAUGGGAGAGGGGGGAGAGUUGGCAGAUGGGGGGGGAGGUGUGGUGGUGGUGUUUGGGGAUGGAGGGGCGCUGGUGGAUGGUGGGGAAGGAAGAGUUGAUGUAGGAGGAGCAGGCGGAGCAGGGGGAGCAGGCGGAGCAGGAGGAGCAGGAGGAGGAGAAGGAGCGGGAGGAGGGAGUGAGUCGACAAUGUCGCUGAAACCAGUCGUGCCUGAUGGGAUCAUGGGAAACAGGAGUGGGGAGAAGAAGAUGAAAGAGA